CAGCGUUUGUGUGCUAGGAAAGACGCUUUGCACCUCUCUGGCUGAGGCAAGUCAUGGAGAUCUAGCAUAACGUUUGAUUGGUUUGACAGCAGCUGGACCUCCUUUAGAAGGAACAUGUUGGGAUCGAGUCGAGUUCUGUGCAUAUGGGCCGUGUUUGGACUAAUGGUGGUGGACGUGGCUUUUGGUGCUAGAAGAACUUCCAGUAGAAAGUCUGAGCGGUUGAGCCCACCGUUGGACAUCCAGCUGCAGACGGUGAACUGCACAGCGAUCAGAGUCCAGUGGAAGAUGCCUCGGAGACACGUCAGCACCAUCACCGGUUACAGGGUGUUUUACACAGAGACGAGGAUGGGCCGCCCCAUUAGCUCGACUGUGACUCUGGAUGUUCCUCUGAGCCUGGACAUGCUCACUACUGGGCAGCUUGACGGACAAGCAAGUUUUGAUGUGGUGAUUGGGAAGCUGAAGGUAGCGACACAUUACCGUGUGAGCGUUGGGGCAUAUGGCUGGGCAGGGGAUGGCCGUCCCAGCAUGCCGAGGGACAUCAGCACUGCUUCUCAUGAAAUUUGUAUGCCCCCCUCACCCCCGUCCCAGCCCAUUGUGGUUGCUGUUUCGGAUACAGAGCUGGCAUUGUCGUGGCAACAGGGAGAAAGUGAGGGGAGUGCUCCUGUGCUGCACUUCCUGGUGGCCUAUAUCAGGCCAGAGAUGGACACUGAGUGGACAUAUAUCCGUGAGCCAGUAGAGUCCAGUUCGAUGGUUCUGAAAGGCCUGAUCCCUGAGACGCAGUACCAGUUCGUCAUCAGAGCUGUGAACACACUUGGGGUCAGCCCACCGAGUCCUAUAAACCCACCCGUCCGCACACUUGGUGCAGCUGAUGUGGGCAGUGGAGAUUACGAUCUUUACCUCAUGAACUCUAAAACUAAAGAUGAAGAUGGCUUUGAUGUUGAUGACUCUGACUAUGACGUCUUCAUAGAGGAGCUGAAGCCGUUUCCUGCCGUGAAGACCAGCAGCCGGCGCUCUCAGCUCAGAUCCCGCACCGGAACACCUAGGAAUGGGAAUGUCGUCUACAGAAUGAGAACGCUACCUGUGCCUAAAAGCACACCUGCACCCAAAAGUAGCAACUUCACCUCACCUAUUAGUGUCUGGACAUUAACCACAACAUCUGGACCCUCUGCGCUGACCACUACCGGCUCUACCACAACUACGACCUCUGCGGUCACCCGCAGAAUAAGCCCUGCCCCGUCCGCCACAGCCCCUCCCACCCCCAGCCCCUCAAUGACAGUGUGGAAGGGGGCGGAGCCUCGGGUGUAUGACGUUCCGUGUGAUGAGACGGUCUGCCCCCCCAACAGUUUCUGCAUUAAUGACUACGACAGCGGCGGCUCGCGCUGCCACUGCAACCUCGGCUACCAGGGGGAGCUCUGCGCGCAAGGUGUGAGCAUCCAGUUCCCAAAGUUUUACGGAUAUUCUCACAUGACCUUUGAGCCCCUGAAGAACUCAUACCAGAGCUUCCAGAUCACUGUGGAGUUUAAGGCGGACUCUGAGGACGGCCUGUUGCUGUACUGUGGGGAGAAUGAUCACGGCCGGGGGGAUUUCACCUCUCUCGCGCUGCUACGGGGAAAACUGCAUUACAGGUUUAACUGCGGGACAGGGGCUGCACAGAUCGUGAGUGAAAGCUCAAUCGUGAUUGGCCAGUGGCACACAGCCACUUUAUUCAGAGAUGGCCUGAAUGGCUGGCUGCGGCUGGACAAUGAUACACCUGUAUCAGGACGCUCACAGGGUCAGUACAGUAAGAUAACGUUCCGGACUCCUCUGUUUGUGGGCGGAGCUCCCAGUGCUUACUGGCUUGUGAGAGCUGUGGGGACCAAUCGUGGCUUUCAGGGGUGUGUCCAGAGCCUGUCAAUCAACAGCAAACCCACUGAUCUCCGACCCUGGCCCCGGGGGAAUGCCCUCAGCGGGGCAGACAUCGGUGAGUGCAGUAACAGUGUGUGUGAGGAGGUCAUCUGUGCUAACGGUGGAGUGUGUUUCCCCACGAGAGCAGACAGCUACAUCUGUCUCUGUCCACUCGGAUACAGAGGAGUCCACUGUGAAGAGAGCUUCCUGCUGGCUCUUCCUCAGUUCAAUGAGAGUCUGCAGUCAUACGCUAGCGCCCCCUGGCCUCAGUCCUCUCACACCUACCUGUCUUUCAUGGAGUUUGAGAUCAUUUUCCAGCCGACCAAUCAGGACGGGACGCUGCUCUACAGCGAUGAUACAGCCAGUCAGGACUUCCUGUCCAUCAACCUGGUGGGGGGAUAUGUGGAGUUCCGCUUCGACUGCGGCUCCGGACCCGCCAUCAUCAGGAGCGAGGAGCCAGUCAGUAUGAAUGAGUGGCAUGAGCUCCGUGUGUCCCGCACGGCUAAAAAUGGAAUCCUCCAGGUGGACGAGCAGCGGCCAGUAGAGGGCAGUGCUGAGGGUGCCUUCACCCAGAUUAAGUGCAGUUCUCCGCUUUACAUCGGUGGAGUCCCUGAUUACGAUGCCACUAAGAGCAGCGCUGGAGUCCUCAGAGCUUUCAGUGGAGCCAUUCAGAAGAUUACACUGAAUGACCGUGCGGUUGCCGUGGCAACGGGGCAGGCAGGAGGGAUAAAUGUCUUGAACGCUCUACACCCCUGCGUGGAGAACCCCUGCGCUAACGGAGGAACCUGCAGGCCCAAACGGGACGGAUACGACUGCGACUGCGCGCUGGGCUACGAUGGAAAACACUGCCAGAAAGAGUGUGGAAAUUACUGCCUAAACACUGUGACCGAGGCUAUUGAAAUCCCUCAGUUUACCGGGCGCAGCUAUCUGACCUAUGACAGUCGAGAUAUUCUCAAAAGGGUUUCCGGCUCCAGGACGAAUGUGUUCAUGCGCUUUAAGAGCACGUCUGCAGAUGGACUGCUGAUGUGGAGAGGAUCCAACCCAAUGAGAGCUAACAGUGACUUCCUGUCUGUGGGACUGCAGGACGGGUCACUAAUGUUCAGCUAUAACCUGGGCAGCGGUGCUGCUGUUAUUGUGGUUAACGGAACCUUCAGUGAUGGGAAGUGGCACCGAGUGAAAGCAGUCAGGGAUGGGCAGUUUGGUAAACUGACCGUGGAUGAUUAUGGGGCUAAAACAGGCAGAUCACCAGGCAAGAUGAGGCAGCUCAACAUUAACGGAGAUCUUUACGUUGGUGGGAUGAAGGAGAUCGCCCUGUACACCAGCAGGCAGUACCUGGCAGGGUUAGUAGGCUGUGUUUCACACUUCACUCUGUCUACCGACUACCAUGUUUCUCUGGUGGAGGACGCAGCUGACGGCAAGAACAUCAACACCUGCACCAACUGAGGACAACAAAUCCACAACUACCACUAAAAGCUUCAUACAACAACCUCAAUAUCUCUGACUCAAAACAACUGAAGACCAAAACUCUACUGAUGUAGAACAUCUUCACGAGCUGAAGACCAAACCUCUACUAAAGUAAAACUCCUAAACCAGAUGAAGACCAAAGCUCUACUAAAGUAGAACAUCUGCAUCAACUGAAGACCAAACUCUACUAAAGUAUGACAUCUGCACCAACUGAAGACCAAACCUCUACUAAAGUAGAACACCUGAACCAACUGAAGACCAAAACUCUACUAAAGUAGAACAUCUGCAACAACUGAAGACCAAAAUUCCACUAAUGUAGAGCAUCUGCACGAGCUGAAGACCAAACCUCUACUAAAGUAGAACAUCUGCACCAACUGAAGACCAAAAUUCUACUAAAGUAGAACACCUGAACCAACUGAAGACCAAAACUCUACUAAAGUAGAACACCUGAACCAACUGAAGACAAAAAGUCUACUAAAGUUGAACAUUUGCAACAACUGAAGACCAAACUCUACUAAAGUAGAACAUUUGCACCAAUUGAAGAUCAAACCUCUACUAAAGUUGAACACUGGAACCAACUGAAGACCAAAAUAAUUCUAAAGUAGAACUCCUGCACCAACUGACAACCAAACCACUGCAAAAGUAGAACAUCUGCACUAACUAAAGAUCAAAACUCUACUAAAGUAGAACAUCUGCACCAGCUAAAGACCAAAACACUGCUAAAGUAAAACUCCUAAACCAGCUGAAGACCAAAAUGCUACACUGCAGCAGCUGGAAUCUUAUAGAUCAGUAGUUAAACUUAAGAAAACUGUAAUUGUAAUAUUGACUCCUGAACACCUGGAACUUUUGUCUCUGAAUCUGAUGAAAGAGCUAAAACAUCUGACCACCGAUGACCUCAGUUUCUUCCUGACCACAUCUUCUCGGUCAUGGAGGACAGUUUUGGAGAAAUGACUGUGUUUAUUUUUUUGUACGAGCUUUAUUUGAUAUCAGAGUUCAUCAUGAAAGAUAGAAGCUUUAGAUAGUCAUUUUUUUUCUCCAUGUGGAGAAUCUGAUGAAGUUCCUCGAUGUUCCUCAGACCUGUAAUGUGUGUGUUUUAGCGUUACAGUUUGCUAAUGUUGGUUUGCACUGUGUGUGUUUAGGCUGCUAGUAGCAGAAAGGUAAGUUAUGUAUUGUUGAGUUUUCCUUUUUUUAAUCUCUACAUUUUCUCUGUCAGUUCCCUGCCUUUCACUGCUCCGAAUAGCUACAAUGACUUGAAAAUCCCAAAGAUUCCUGUGUUUUUAGAGCUCCUGUUAUUUGUGCUGUUUCCCUAUGUAAAGGUCAAAAUCUCAAGAGACAAACUUUAUGCCUUGAUGCUCAAAAAGCCUCUCAUUUUUGCCAUCUAAGAUGUGACUUAUGAUUUAUUAUUUCUGAAAUAAAACCAAGAUUUUCAGACCCUG